AAGGCAUGCAAUUUAAGCUUCCAAAAUAUAAAAUUGAUGUUUUUUUAUUUUUAAAAAAUAUUAAAGCUCGUUGAUACAAUUCCAUCUCCACAUGUAAUUUAACGGAUUUAGAUCCAUCCUAUAAAAAAAUACUAAUCCAAAACAUUCUAUGCUUCUGUAGUCAUCUGAUGGGGACCGCGCGUAAGUUGUAGCUACAAGCCUACAGCUCAUUUUACUGUGGGUCAUAGGCUCAUAGCAGCGUUCACUCACCAGCGCUCCAGUCUCCAGGAGUCCAGUGGGGUUUGCUUUGUAGAGAAGAGACUCAUACAGCGCAGAAGAGAUUGAGAUUAGACAAACUAGAGAGAAGAAGAACAAGAAGAAAAUGUCUGCUGUUGCUUUUCAGUCAGUGCCAUCAUUGCUCAAGAUGCCAUUCUCUAUCAUUAGAGUGGCCAAAAUUGCAGCUACUCCUGUUUUGCAUCGUCGCUUUUAUUCCCCUUACACUCAAUGCUCUGUGACUUUCGGUGAUAACAUGGUGAUUGGAGCCAAGUCAAGGAGGAUUCGCUCUGUUCGCUGCUUCUCUGCAUUAACUCCUGAGCUCAAGACUACCUUAGAUAAAGUUGUUACGUCACACAAAGUGGUUCUUUUUAUGAAGGGAACCAAGGACUUCCCACAAUGUGGAUUCUCACACACUGUGGUGCAGAUAUUGAAUUCCUUGAAUGUGCCUUUUGAAACAAUAAACAUACUAGAAAAUGAAUUAUUGCGUCAGGGCUUGAAGGAGUAUUCCAGCUGGCCUACCUUUCCUCAGCUUUAUAUUGAAGGAGAAUUCUUUGGUGGCUGUGACAUCACUGUUGACGCAUAUAAAAGCGGGCAAUUGCGUGAACUGUUGGAGAAGGCAAUGUGCUCCUAAUGAUCAACUACCUUUGCCAAGUUUAAGGUUGUCCAAGGUUAAAUUCUCUUUGAUUUGAUACUGGAUAUAUUUGUUUACUUCAUUGAGUAGACUUGUGAAUUUGCAAUGUAAGAUAACAUUUCUAUAUGGGGACAGCAAAAUUCAUUUCAAACAGUACCUUACAAAAUUAUUGGGAACUACUUCCUUGAAA